AUGGCUCGUCUGGAACAGGUCAUCAUAAACAUUGUGGAUAUAUUUAUGGAGUAUGCUGAUGAUGAAGGCAAGAAACGCCAGUUAAACAAGGAGGAAUUGAAGAAGUUGUUCGAGAAGGAAAUACAAAGCGAUGAGUUUAAAGGGAAAAUCAAUACAGGUGAUGUUGAGGAAGCCAUGAAGAUGUUGGAUCAGAACCACGAUGGCGAAGUCAACUUCCGAGAGUUCUGCAGGUGUGUGUCUGCCCUGGCCAGAAGUUACUACCAAAGCAAGAAAGGUGGCAAGAAAGACAAGGGAGCUGAACCACAGUAAAGACCAACUACAAACCCUUAAAUUGUUUGUAUAAUCAUAAUGUCUUUUUAAAAGUUUAUACAUCUUGCAUGUAUGCACAGUAUUUGUCAUAUCUAAGACUGCCUACCUUAACAAAUGCUGGUGGUGACAGGACAUUUGUAUAUCCAUGAUGAAGCUCCACCUGUGUUUUAAGCGUGCAUGCAAAAUGUGAUUUUCUUUGCUACUUUGUAAUUUCUUUACACAGAAAUGUUCAUUCAAUAGUGGAGAAAAUUAAUAAAAAACUACAA